AUGGAUCUCUCCCGGGCGCUCCUGCAGCUGAAGAGCUGGCCUGAACAUCGCUGGGGCUUCAGGACUGCAUCCCUGGGGCGGCCACAGCACAACCGAGGGCGCUGCCCGCACUUUCCCACCGCCCUCUUUUUACAGCCCGGCUGUGGCGGGGCCGGGCGCGCCCCGCUCGCUGCUCCGCGCCCGCUCCGCGCUGCGGGAGCCCGGCAAAGGCGGCGGCGGCGGCGAUGCGCGGAGCUGGGGCGCCCUCUGCUCCCCAAGCUGGGCUGGGCUGUGCCGGGCCGGGCUGGGCUGGGCUGUGCCGGGCGCUGGCCCCUCCAGGUCCCGGGACCCGCAUCCCGGGAAGGAGCGGAGCCGCUGGGAACGGACCGCGGUGGCGGCGCGUCUGGGGAAACCUCUGGCUCAAGGGGCGCGGUCCGGCUGCGCCGGGGCUUCGCAGCCGGCAGCCCCAUCUCUCAGCGAGAACAAUGGAAGCUGUUUCCCAUUUGUCUGGGGACAAGGACCGAGCGAGAGAAGCGUAGUAGGCUCGUGAUAAGUUCUGCUUCGUAUCUCGGCGUUUUCCUGGUGGUUCAACCCUCGCUCCGCAGCCGCCGGGGCGCAGAGCUCGGCAUGCCACACCUGCCCCGAUGCAGCAUCCCACCUUCCCGAGGCGCGAAAUGAAAACCGGUAUCUGGAGAAGAAAAAAUGCAGAACAGAGACAUUUGCAAAAAAGAUGAAUAACCAGGUCUGUUGUGGAAAGGCAAGUCUAGGCCCUUUUGUGUAACUAACAGCUGCUUUUCUGAAAUCCACACAGUUACUCUGCUUUGACAAAUACCUAAGCUACCUCCGUUUUCUUAGCCCGCUCUUCCUGUCACCUCUUGCCACUUACUGUACCUCAGUGUUCUUCCCUCCAGCUUCAACAUUUCAGGCCCAGCUUUGUUCAGCCCUGUCUCUCUUAUGUGUCACCUGCUGUCAUAUUUCCAUCUUUUCCAGAAGGAAACAAAUUCAAUCCUAAAUACUCUUUCCUCAUCUUUAAUUUUAAUUGUUUGUUGUUCUGAUUAAUAAUCAAGUCUUUGUUCUGUGGUUAUAUUACAAGAGCCACAUCUCUUAGCCCAGCAUGUCCAUAACACAAGUCCAAAAUACUCACAAGCCCACCUCCCAUCUCCUUCCACCUCUCUGCUUGUAUCCUCGUCACCCACAAUUCCAUUUUUGUGUCUGAGCACUCUGGGCUUUUUGCUCAGAAGACGCUAGGAUCAGUAAGGAGUUCCUAUGCUGGGGGUAGCAGGGGAGCUUUCCAUUCUAUUCCAUAGGAAGAGAGAGAUGACCAGCAAACAAGGGGAAAAAAACAAAUCAAGUAAAAACCCUCGCCUCUGCCCCUCUUUCAGCCUUGCAAAUGAAACACUGCCUUCCCCGCCCUCACAAUCACAACAAACCAGGAGCAAACCCAGGCUUCUCGCAGCUCAGAGGGCUUCCCAAUCCUGCCAGCUCCGGCUGCAGCUGCAGGAACAGCCGCCCCACCAUCCCGGCCUCCGGCCGCUGCCCUGCGCUCUCCUGUUCCCGAGUUUGCACCACGAGAGGGAGCAUUUUGUUCAGUUUAUUGGCAGAUCCUGCUCUUCCCGGUAUCCAGGCGAGAGAACAACCGCAGUUUCCCGUAUGUAGUGAUUUUCCCAAGCCCGUUUACCCCAUAAGCAUUUUCGUAAUAAUAAUGGGGUUUU